AUGUCUGGUUUAGAGAAUAAAGUGGCUUUGGUCACCGGGUCUGCGCGUCGUAUUGGUGCGGUGAUAGUGCGUACAUUGCAUGAGGAGGGCGCGAAUGUGGUGGUGCAUUAUCGUAGCUCUUCGGAGGCAGCGAAAGCCUUGUGCGCGGAGCUAAAUAACGUGCGCGAACAUUCUUGUAUGAUGGUGCAAGGUGAUCUUACUGAUAUUGCUACAUUAGCCAUGAUGAUUGAGGAAAUUAUCAAAAAAAUGGGUCAGCUAGACAUCUUAGUAAACAAU